UGUGAGGAUGAAGAGCAAGAGCUGGAAACAAACAUCAGUGAAGAAUGAAGGGUUUAGUGUGUUUACUGCUGCUGUUGGAAACCUUUGUGUGUGUCGUACAGCAUCAGGUAGAUGGAGGACUCAAUGAGAAUGAGAUCAGUCAACAGCUCAGGUCUGAGGACGGAGGACAGAAUCCACCUCAAACAGACACUUUGAGAGAUGAAGCUUCAACUGACAGCCAAAAAAACUACCAUCUGUGCUUCACUGACAUCCAUGCAGCGCUGAGAGAACUGACCGCUACAGUUACAGAGCAGAAAACAAACAUCAGAGAACUGACCGCCACAGUUACAGAGCAGAAAACCAACAUCAGAGAACUGACCGCCACAGUUACAGAGCAGAAAACAAACAUCAGAGAACUGACCGCCUCAGUUACAGAGCAGAAAACCAACAUCAGAGAACUGACCGCCACAGUUACAGAGCAGAAAACAAACAUCAGAGAACUGACCGCCACAGUUACAGAGCAGAAAACCAACAUCAGAGAACUGACCGCCACAGUUACAGAGCAGAAAACAAACAUCAGAGAACUGACCGCCUCAGUUACAGAGCAGAAAACCAACAUCAGAGAACUGACCGCCACAGUUACAGAGCAGAAAACAAACAUCAGAGAACUGACCGCCACAGUUACAGAGCAGAAAACAAACAUCAGAGAACUGACCGCCACAGUUACAGAGCAGAAAACCAACAUCAGAGAACUGACCACCACAGUUACAGAGCAGAAAACAAACAUCAGAGAACUGACCGCCACAGUUACAGAGCAGAAAACCAUCAUCAGAGAACUGACCACCACAGUUACAGAGCAGAAAACAAACAUCAGAGAACUGACCGCCUCAGUUACAGAGCAGAAAACCAACAUCAGAGAACUGACCGCCACAGUUACAGAGCAGAAAACAAACAUCAGAGAACUGACCGCCACAGUUACAGAGCAGAAAACCAACAUCAGAGAACUGACCGCCACAGUUACAGAGCAGAAAACAAACAUCAGAGAACUGACCGCCACAGUUACAGAGCAGAAAACAAACAUCAGAGAACUGACCGCCACAGUUACAGAGCAGAAAACAAACAUCAGAGAACUGACCACCACAGUUACAGAGCAGAAAACAAACAUCAGAGAACUGACCGCCACAGUUACAGAGCAGAAAACCAUCAUCAGAGAACUGACCACCACAGUUACAGAGCAGAAAACAAACAUCAGAGAACUGACCACCACAGUUAUAGAGCAGAAAACCAACAUCAGAGAACUGACCGCCACAGUUACAGAGCAGAAAACAAACAUCAGAGAACUGACCGCCACAGUUACAGAGCAGAAAACUAACAUCAGAGAACUGACCGCCACAGUUAUAGAGCAGAAAACCAACAUCAGAGAACUGACCGCCACAGUUACAGAGCAGAAAACAAACAUCAGAGAACUGACCGCCACAGUUACAGAGCAGAAAACAAACAUCAGAAAACUGACCACCACAGUUACAGAGCAGAAAACAAACAUCAGAGCUUUAGAGACGAGACUGAGUGAAAAACAGACGUUUAUCCUGGAAGAGAUGAACAAGAAAAAUUAUGUUAUUCUAGAAGAAUUGAACAAGAAAAAUUAUGAAAUAUCAAAUCUUACUCUGGGUCAAGUGGAGUUGAGAAAGGAAAAUAGAGACAGAGAAAUAGCUUUUUCAGCUUCACUGGUGCAAUCUGGCGGUGGAGAUAUUGGUCCUUUUGCCAAUGAAAUCACACUAACCUACAGGAACGUCUUCACAAAUAUAGGGAACGCCUACAACCCAAUCACAGGUAUUUUCACAGCCCCGCUGAAAGGAGCGUACAUGUUCAGAUUCUCUAUAUAUGGUCAUGGCCCAACUGCAACAACUGCAGGCAUUGUUAAGAAUGGACAACAUGUGGUUAUAGCAGAUGCUUAUCAGCCUCAGGAUGGUUUAAACUCCUCUAAUGGAGUUGUGUUGAUCCUGGAGGUUGGAGAUGUUGUCUAUGUGAGACUUUGGUCUGGCAGGUGGAUAUAUGAUACUCAGAAUAACCACAGCACUUUCAGUGGUUUCCUACUGUUCCCCUUAAAAUAACAGGAGCUUUGCAGAAUGUGAUUCAAAUAAUACUGAACCUUCAGCGUAUGAUUUAAGAUGGAAAUCAUAAAGAAUAAUUAACAUGAUUAAGCAAUAUUAAUGAGGACUAAUAUGUUUGAAAUUUGCAAUAGAUUACUGUAUAAUAGUCUGAGCUGUCCAUACAUGUAACUUUGUAUAAAGAGUUUCAGCACUGAGACAGACCCAUGAAUAUCACGUGACUCAAAAGUGUUUUGUUAAAGCAGUAAAUCCAAUAAUGUUAAAUAAUAUCUUUAUUACUAAAAGUAUAGUUUGUUGCUGAUCCUUAAACUGUAUCUCUUCACCCUAAAUAAGAGAAUAAAGAGACUAUUUUUUCUUUAAGAAUAAA